UAGAAUCAGAUGCGCUCCUUUUUCUGUAAUUACCACCUGAAACACCGAAACCAUGCAAAUAAAGCGAACUUCCCACUAUCAGAGUAAACUGCAACUCAAAACAACCGCCGGUUUCUGGUUUUCCGGCAUCCUUUCUUCGUCGUUACUGUUUAGGGUUUCACAUUCUGCAACAGAGGCAUGCUACUGUGCUUGUGGAUCUAAUGGCGUAAUGUGCUUUAAUGCUCCCGGAUCGUAAGUCGGAGCUGUCGGGGUUCGGUGAGUUUGUAGAAGCUGCAACUGGGUAAUGUGCCGGAGAUGGAGUCGAUAAUCGCUCGGGCUUUGGAGUAUACGCUUAAGUAUUGGUUGAAAUCCUUCUCCAGAGAACAGUUCAAGUUGCAGGGUCGAACCGUUCAGCUUUCCAAUUUAGAUAUAAAUGGGGAUGCUCUGCAUGCUAGCGUUGGAUUGCCACCUGCUUUGAAUGUGACGACGGCGAAGGUCGGGAAGCUUGAGAUAAAGCUCCCGUCGGUCAGUAAUGUACAGACGGAACCAAUUGCUGUUCAGAUUGAUAGAAUCGAUUUGGUUUUGGAGGAGAACUCGGAUUCUCAUACUGGAAAGAGCUCAAGCAGUGCCCAAUCAUCCUCUACCUCUGGAAAGGGCAGCGGCUAUGGAUUUGCUGAUAAGAUUGCAGAUGGUAUGACAUUAGAAGUGGGCACAGUCAAUCUUUUGCUUGAAACUCGUGGGGGUGGUCAUCGCCAAGGAGGUGCAACAUGGGCAUCACCUCUGGCAUCUAUCACAAUUCGCAAACUUUUGCUGUAUACAACAGAUGAAAAUUGGAAGGUCGUUAAUCUUAAAGAUGCCAGGGAUUUUUCCAAUAACAAAAAGUUCAUUUAUGUCUUCAAAAAACUGGAAUGGGAGUCAUUGUCAGUCGAUCUUCUGCCUCACCCUGAUAUGUUUACUGAUGCUCAUACAUACUCCAGUAAUGGAGUGAGUAGACGAGAUGACGAUGGUGCAAAGAGGAUGUUUUUUGGUGGUGAAAGGUUUCUUGAAGGGAUAUCUGGAGAGGCAUAUAUCACAGUUCAAAGAACACAACUAAACAGCCCAUUAGGGCUUGAGGUUCAAUUGCAUAUUACAGAAGCCAUUUGUCCUGCUUUAAGUGAACCAGGACUUCGUGCUUUGUUGCGCUUCAUGACUGGAUUAUAUGUAUGUUUAAAUAGAGGAGAUCUGGACCCAAAGGCACAACAGCGGUGUACAGAGGCAGCUGGGCGUUCUCUUGUUUCUAUUGUUAUAGACCAUAUAUUUCUCUGCAUAAAAGAUGCAGAAUUCCAGCUUGAGAUUUUGAUGCAAUCGCUCCUCUUUUCUCGGGCAAGUGUAUCAGAUGGAGGAAAUACCAAGAACUUAUCCCAUAUUAUGGUUGGUGGACUGUUUUUGAGGGAUACCAUUUCUCAUCCUCCCCGUACCUUAGUGCAGCCAUUUAUGCAUGCUGUUCCAGAAGAUCCUCCAUUUAUUCCCAAGUUUGCUGUGGAUUUUUGCCCUCCCAUCUAUCCUUUAGGAAACCAGUGGUGGCAAUUGUUUGAAAAUGUUCCUCUGAUUUGCCUACAUACCCUUCAGAUCAAACCCUCACCAGCUCCUCCAUCUUUUACUUCACAAACAGUGAUCAUGUGCCAGCCCCUUAUGAUUAAUCUUCAUGAGGAAUCCUGUUUGAGGAUUGCCUCGUUCUUAGCUGAUGGUAUUGUGGUCAAUCCCGGCACUGUUUUACUACCGGAUUUCUCUGUUAAUUCUCUUGAAUUUACUCUCAGAGAAUUAGAUCUCACUGUUCCUUUGGAUUCUGGGAAGUCUGAGAAUUGUGAUGUUGACGGAAGCAAUGGAUUGCAGACACCUUUCAAUGGAGCAAGGCUUCAUAUUGAGAACUUGUUCUUCACAGAAUCUCCUAAGGUAAAGCUCCGGCUUCUGAACCUGGAAAAAGAUCCUGCUUGCUUCUGUCUCUGGGAUGAUCAGCCAAUAGAUGCCAGCCAGAAGAAAUGGAUGAUUCGAACUUCACACGUCAGCCUGUCUCUUGAAACCUGCUGUGGCUUACCAGCAGAUCAAAGUUCCUUUGAUCAGUCUCCAAGCCUGUGGAGAUGUGUUGAACUGCAUGAUGCUUGUAUUGAAGCAGCUGUGGCAACAGCUGAUGGGAGUCCUUUAAUAACUGUUCCUCCACCAGGAGGUGUUGUUAGAAUUGGAGUUUUUUUCCAACAAUACUUGUCCAAUACCUCGAUUGAGCAGCUGUUCUUUAUUCUAGAUCUGUAUGCGUACUUCGGUAGAGUUGGUGAGAAGAUAGCAAAAGUUGGAAAGAAGUCAAAGAAUAACAGAAAGAAAAAUAAAGGGGAAGCCUUGGGUGGAAUGCUGAUGGAAAGGAUCCCCAGUGAUACAGCUGUGAGUUUAACUGUGAAGGAUCUCCAGCUUAGAUUUUUAGAAUCUUCCUCUCUAGAUCUGCAAGGAAUGACUUUGGUUCAGUUCCUUGGGGACAAUCUGUUUAUCAAAGUUACACAUCAAACCCUAGGCGGUGCCAUUGCACUUUCAUCCGGCGUUAUUUGGCAGGGUAUUCGGGUUGAUUGUGUGGAUGCAGAGAGAAAUCUGACCCAUGUUGAACAUGGGAAACUGGUGUCUGGGAAUGGGAACCGAAAACUCAGAACCGUGUUUUGGAUUGAUAAAAGAAGCAAGCAUCAGCCAAAUGGCCUUGCCACAUCAGCUCCAUUUUUGGAUAUAAACAUGGUGCAUGUGAUGCCGUAUAAUGUUCAAGACAUGGAGUGUCAUAGUUUGAAUUUGUCUGUGAAGGUUGCCAGUGUACGCCUUGGUGGUGGAAUGAACUACACUGAAGCUUUGCUGCAUCGUUUUGGUAUACUUGGGCCUGAUGGCGGUCCUGGUGAUGGGCUUUCUAAAGGUUUGAAAAAUUUAUCUGCCGGACCAUUGUCAAAGCUUUUCAGAGCAUCGCCUCUUAUUGAGGAUGAUCAGGAAGAGGAUGAAAAUUCUAAGGAUGAAGUACAUGGGAGUUUAUUGGACAUUGGAAAGCCGGAUGAUGUGGACAUAUCUAUACAAUUGAAGGACUGGUUGUUUGCUCUUGAAGGUGCCCAGGAGAUGGCAGAAAGGUGGUGGUUUUGCAAUGAUGUUGGCAGAGAAGAGAGGUGCUGGCACACAACUUUCCAUAGUUUGCAAGUGAAAGCAAAAAGUAGUCCAAAACAGAAUAGCGGAGGAGAAUCAGAUAGGUUACAAAAAUAUCCAGUGGAAAUGGUCAUGGUUGGUGUGGAGGGCUUGCAGGCCUUGAAGCCCCAAGCCAGAAAAGAGAUCUUUCAAACUGGUGUCUCAUCCGGUGGGACUAAGAUAACUGUUGGGAAAAGUGGAGGAGUGGAUCUUGAAAUCCGCAUGGUGAUCUCUGAGGAAAAUGAGAACAUUGAACUGGCUCCAUGGAUGGUGGAAAACGUGAAGUUUUCUGUUAAACAGCCGAUUGAGGCAGUUGCAACCAAGGAGGAGCUGCAACAUUUAGCCUCUCUGUGCAAGUCUGAAAUUGAUUCUAUGGGUCGAAUAGCUGCUGGAAUUCUGCGGGUGCUUAAACUUGAAGGAUCUAUUGGUCAGGCAGCCCUAGAUCAGCUUAGCAACCUUGGAAGCGAGGGCUUAGAGAAGAUCUUCACUCCCGAAAAGCUCAGCUGGGGAAGUAGUCCUGGCAGUCUUGCAUUCAACCAGUUUCCAAAUGUGAUAGGUGAUAACCCAUAUCAGGGUUUGGAAUCAACUGUUGCUUCACUUGAGACAGCAAUCUUGGAUUCACAGGCCAAAUGCGCAGCCCUCAUUGCUGAAUUUCGUAGUCCUGAAAUUUCCUUACAACAGAGAAAUCUUUCAGAUAUUAAACAAAUCAAUGAGCAGCUUGAAAGCAUGCAGGCUUUGUUGACGCAGUUAAGAAUUCAACUUUAAGUAGCUUUUAGUUGUCUGCAGCUGUGACAUUGUUGGACUACUUUUCCAGCCACAGAUUUUGCCAUUCUUUCUUGUAUAUACAAAAUAUAGAUUUAAAAAGAAAAAUACAGGUAGAGUUUGUAUCAGUCAAAAUAUUUCUGGAAAGGCAGAAAUAAAAUUGUAUUAUAUAACCCUCUGAAAAUCUUGUAGCAGAAAAUUAUGGUUCCUCAUUGGGGGUUGAUUACUA